UGCCAUGCCCUGGCGCCGGAGGCGCUGCUUUCCCCGGAGCCUGGCAGGGAUCCUGCUGUCCCGGGCGUGAGCGGAGCCCCGGGGUCCCCCGCGCUUCCAGGCCAUGCAGCGCCGGGCCGUGCAGCCCAGCCCCGGCCCCUGGGGACGGGCUCGGAGUCGCUAGGAGCCCAGCCCGCCGGUCUGGCAUGCGGGGUCCCCCCAGCCCUGGGGCUUAGCGGGGGGCGCCGCCAUGCGGGGUGCCCGGGAUGGGGGGCCGGCGCCGUGGCGGGCGCUGUGCCAGGACAGCCGGGACCCCGAGCGCCAGAAGCACUGGGCCGAGCUCUUCGACCAGCUGGACACCAACAAGGACGGGCGGGUGGACAUCAACGAGCUGCGGGAGGGCCUGGCGCGGAUGGGCAUGAAUGCCAGCUCCCAAGCUGAACAGGAGAUCCUGCGCGAGGGCGACACGGACCAGGACGGAGAGCUGGACUUCGAGGAGUUCGUGGGUUACCUGCAGGAGCGAGAGCGAAAGCUGCGGCUCAUGUUCCACAGCCUGGACCGCAACAACGAUGGCCACAUCGACGUGUCCGAGAUCCAGCAGACAUUCCACAGCCUCGGAGUCUACAUCUCUCUGCAGCAGGCAGAGAAAAUCCUUCAAAGCAUGGACAAAGACGGCACCAUGACCAUCGACUGGCAUGAGUGGAGAGACCACUUCAUCCUCAACCCACUGGAGAACAUGGAGGAGGUCGUCCACUACUGGAAGCACUCCAUGGUCCUGGACAUCGGCGAAUGCCUUACCGUCCCUGACGAAUUCUCCGAGAAGGAGAAGAAGACGGGGAUGUGGUGGAAGCAGCUGCUCGCGGGCGCCAUGGCUGGGGCCGUCUCCAGAACCGGAACCGCCCCGCUGGACCGGCUUAAAGUUUUCAUGCAGGUUCACGCCUCCAAGACCAACAACAUGAACGUGUUUGGGGGGCUGAAAGGCAUGAUCCAGGAGGGGGGCGUCCGCUCGCUCUGGCGCGGCAAUGGGAUCAAUGUGCUGAAGAUCGCUCCUGAGUCUGCCAUCAAGUUCAUGGCCUAUGAGCAGAUCAAGCGGGCGAUUCGUGGGCAGCAGGAGACGCUGCGGGUGCAAGAAAGAUUUGUGGCCGGCUCGCUGGCCGGUGCCACUGCGCAGACGAUCAUCUAUCCCAUGGAGGUGCUGAAGACCCGGCUGACCCUGCGGAAGACGGGUCAAUACUCGGGGAUGGCCGACUGUGCUAAGAAGAUCCUGCAGAAGGAGGGAAUCCGGGCCUUUUACAAGGGCUACCUGCCCAAUGUGCUAGGCAUCAUCCCCUACGCUGGCAUCGACCUGGCUAUCUACGAGACGCUGAAGAACAUGUGGCUUCAGAAGUACAGCAAGAACACAGCGGACCCCGGCAUCCUGGUGCUCCUGGCCUGCGGGACGAUGUCCAGCACCUGCGGGCAGAUAGCCAGCUACCCCCUGGCCUUGGUGAGGACCCGGAUGCAAGCCCAAGCCUCCAUCGAGGGCGCCCCGCAGCCCACCAUGCUGGGCCUCUUCAAGCACAUCCUGUCGCGGGAGGGGGUGCUGGGCCUGUACCGGGGCAUCGCCCCCAACUUCAUGAAAGUGAUCCCGGCCGUCAGCAUCAGCUACGUGGUCUACGAGAACAUGAAGCAGGUGCUGGGCGUGACGUCCAGAUGAACCCGCCGGCCUGGCGGGGCACGGAUGCCCCUGCCCCAUGGCUUGCCCCCUGCCCCCUCGCUGCACUUUGGAAGCUGACGGAGCAGGAUCUGGGCCGGUGGGGGCUCCGGAUCCAGGAGCGUUAAGAGGGACGCUGAGAGGUCUCAGCUACACCCCCCCACACACACACCCCUCCUCCGAUGCAGCGGGGCUGAGCCGGUCCAGAGGACCAAAUCCAGGAGCAACCCGGGGGCGUUGCCUCUGAGCGUGCCCGGAAAGGGGAACCCCUCGCCCCACCUCUGCCACUCAGAGCAUGGCUGCUGGGGGCACCCUUUGCCAGGAGGUGUGGGGGCUAGGAGCAGACCCGGGGCAUUGGGGGCGGUGGGGAGGGGAUUAAUACAAGGCUCACGUUUUGGCUAAUUUUAGUUUGAGACUUGACAAGCUUCCCCCCCCCCACUCCAGCCCCCAGCUCUGCUUAAGGGGGCAUCGCUCCUGGAAGCACAUGACACGUGCACAGCCCCGUUCCCUGCAUGCUACGGCCUGGGGCAUGGCAUGUUUCCUGCACUGGGGGCUUUGCUGCCCCCCUCCUGCCCCCCAAGCACUCGCUGAGACAGCACGGUCAGGAGAUCCCAGGGGAAACUCUUCCAAUCAGCACUGCCACUGGAUUCCAGGGGAGACUCCUCCAAUCAGCAUCCCCUGACUCACUACUGACACUGGAUCCCGCGGGAGAAUCCCUCCAAUCAGCACCAACACUGGAUCCCAAUGGAGAGUCCUCCACUAGCCACUCUCCCCCCCGCCCCCCCAAGAUACAGGACUCUAGGGGAAUCCUUCUAGAAGGACUCACCGACAUAGUGAUCCCACUGGGGGUCCCCUCCUGUAGAGAGGGUCACCCCCCAAGUAGCGUUACCAGAGCCCAGCUGGACCCCCCUGCAACUCCCCCCAGCCCAGGCACUGCACCGGAUCCCCCAAGGGGCUGCAGCCUAAAACACACGUGCGUGUGCAUGGACCUUGCAAAAGGGGGAGGCCACAUGUGACUUGCCUGGGGGGCUACCUUGAAAUCAGGGCUAGCUCCAGCUUUUCCUCCAUGGCCACCCAUUGUCUCUCUCUGCCCCUGCCAAGGCAGGGGAGACCUGGCACUGGUAGCCUCUUCCCCUACCUGGGGGAAGCCCGGCAGCCUCAGAGGUCUCCCCUCCACACACCAAGCAGAUCUCCCUCUGCGCACCAGGGGAGACCCACUGGCCUCCUGGGGCCAUGGGGCAGUGGUUGAGGCAGGGCGCCGCCCUGGCACAAUGGACAGGCUAAAAGCCGAGUGGUGUGGGCACGGCCCCACUGCGGGGCGGGACGUGGAGUGAGCCACACAACGUCCCCUGGCCAGGGUGGGGUGGGAUGCAGUGAGGGCUUGUGGCCCCAGUGUAGCCAAGCCCAGCCCGUGGGUUACCCCAGGGCAAUGUUGCCAGGGCAGAUGGGGGUGAAAUUCCACCCAAGCAAGGGGCAGUGCUGGGCAUGUGCAGACCAGCUGCUGUGACAUAUCCUAUCCAGCAGGGGGCAGCAUGGCAUGCGCACAGCUGCCCUCCUACACCCACCCCUCUCUCCACACAAGCACGCACACGAGCCGCUCUGACAUAUCCCAUCCAGCAGAGGGCAGCGUUCUUCAGCCCCAGUGGGUCCCCUGCCACUCGCAGCACGUAGGAGUGACAGGCCGGCCAGCAGGGGGCAGCGUUUAACACACACACGCUGCUCCCCCCCCCCCCGGCCCCAACCUUGGGCCGAGGUGCCAUUCUAACCUGCAGGGGGCAGCUUCACCCAGCUGCAUGCGCACUGCCCCCGCGUAUACAUACUUGAGCACAUGUGAAAUUCCAUCCACUAGGGGGCAGCACCCCCACCCCUCUCUUCAGCUCCCCUAGGGGGCGCCCCGGGGCACCCACCACGGAAAGCGUCGGCCUCUUUUGCACAGGGAGGGUUUUAACUCUGGCCCCUUACGGACUCUGCCUGGUUUUCUGUGGCCCAUGUGGAGGCCCCACCCCGCAGGUACCGAGGCAGGGGAUUGCACCCCCCGCCACCCCACGCCAGGAAGGGUGGAUCCCACAGACAGAAUAUUCUUGUGUUAUGAUUUUGCAUCGGGGUUUUCGGUAGAGCGCCCGCCUGCGGGCUCCCCGGCCGUUUCUUUGCAAUGGCUCUGCUGGGAUCCGCUUGGAUCCCUUUCACCAGGUUCCGAGCUGCAAUCUCUUCCCCGCCUCUGCGGCAGCAGCAGUCACCAUCUCGACCCUCUAGCAGCUCCCUCCUCCCCCCCCGUCCCCCCCAGACCUUGGACGCAGACAUUUUUCCGCAUCAGUCCUUGGCCGGCCUGCCCCUCUCCUGUCCUGCUGACGCCAGCUCAGAGCCAAGGCCCUGGGGGAGGGGGAGUUACAGAGCCCUUUAGUCCUGCGAGGGUGUCCUCGACUCCCUGGUGGAAGGGGGCCCCUAGAGAAGAUCAUAAGAGCGGCCAUACUGGGUCAGCCCUAUGGCCCAUCUACCCCGGUGUCCUGUCUUCUGACAGUGGCCAGUGCCAGGUGCUUCAGAGGGAACGAACACAACCGAGUGGUUAGCGAGUGAUCCAGCUCCAGGCCUCAGUGCUUAAUUUGCAAUGAAAGAGGUGCCCGCGGUCAAGCAAAAAUUUUGUUUUUACUUUCAUAACUGACGCAGCAAGCCCAGGGGGGCCGGGGCUCUGAACGGCCGAGCCCUGGCACAAAUUGAGCACUGUCAGUUGUCCAGUCUCUGCUUCUGGCAGCCAGGACUGAGCGGGGUGUGGGAUUGAUUUGUGUUUGGAGGGGGGGCAUCAGUGGGGUGAGCUCCCCCAGUAAAACCAGAGAAGAAGUCUGGGCGUAACACCCCUCCCUCUGCCCCCCGAGCUGAGUCAUUGGCUGGGACCAAACCUGGGACUGAUGCAGGCCCCUCUGCUAAUUAAGCCAAAGGACUGUUUUGCUCACUCGCAAUAGCUGACUCCUGAGCAGCCAUACAAAAUCUGACCACUAGAGAGCAACAGAGAGACUGUUCGCCUGGGGGCACCCCCAAGCAAUAUUUGCAGAGCCUGGGGGGGUGCAGCGACUGGGGGGGGCUGGGCGUCAGGAAGGAGUCCCCCUCCUUCCUCUGAGAGUGUGGGGCUGUUUAUGGGCAGGCUGUAGGGAGGGGCCUGCUUCCAGAACGUAAGAGCAAGUGCUGAGCAGCUGAGGACUGGGGAAGUUGUGACAUGGGUGGGGAAGGAGCCCAUUUGGGGUGGUGCGGGGGGAGCGAGACACUGCAAACUCCUGGCACUGUUUGAAGCUUAUUAUUAUUGCUUUAAUCUUAUUUAAUUCCCCCCUUGCCCGCUCGAGGUUCGCGUGAUGAGAGGCACAAAGGGUUAAGGAGAUAGUAGGGGGCAGAGGCAGGUUCUUGGAGGGGGCAGAAACAGCCCCUCCCAGUGUGGGGCAGAAGAAUAACAGCCCUCCCCCGGUGUGGGGCAAACAGGCUUCCCAAAGGGCAAUUGGUCCCUCUCCAGUAGGAGGCGCUGUGAGCACCUGGGGCGGGGCAGAGUUCGAGUUUUGCCAUCCUAGCAUUUCCCCUUGGAGCUGAGGACACCUGACCCCAUCCGGAGCCAGCAGCUUUGCUCCGUGGUGCCUUGCGGGGUGGCCAGUAACCGGUGGGAAGAGCACGACGCUCGCCCCAUCUCAGCGGGGCCUGGCGCUGCCCCGCGCCCGCCUGCCAAUGUGCUGGCUGCAGGGCUGGCUGGUAGGCCCGACUCUGCGCCCGGGGGGCUGCCACGUCAAAGGGAAAAAAGAGCUAAUAAAGUUUUUUAAACUUUC